AGGAGGCAUAGGUCAGCCAUGAGGAAUCACACGCAAGUGACUCAGUGCAUCCUCCUAGGGCUCACGGACGACCCGGAUUUGCAGGCGGUGAUUCUCCUGUACAUGUCUGUCACCUACGUCCUGAGCAUCACUGGCAACCUGACCAUCAUCAUCCUCACCCUGCUGUACUCCCACCUUCACACCCCCAUGUACUUCUUCCUGCGCUGCUUCUCCAUCCUGGAGAUCUGCUUCACCUCCACCUACAUUCCCAGAUUCCUGGCCACCAUCGUCACCGGGGAUAGGACGAUUUCCUACAAGUGCUGUGCAAUUCAACUAUUUUUCCUAAUCCUCUUGGGAGUGACCCAGUUCUUCCUCCUGGCUUCCAUGUCCUACGACCGCUAUGUCGCCAUAUGCCGGCCUCUAUACUACACGACCGCCAUGAGCCAGAAAGUCUGCACCCUGCUGGUUCUCUGCUCCUGUCUGACCGGGUUCCUGGCCAGCUUUCCUCCUGUCAUCCUUGGCCUCCAUCUGGACAUCUGUGGCUCUGUAGCCAUUGACCACUUCUUCUGUGACGUCUCCCCUCUGCUCCUACUCUCCUGCUCGGACACCGGGUUCCUGGAGCUGACGGGUUUCAUCUUGGCAUUGGGGACACUACUGGUCACCUUGGUGUUAUUGGCUCUGUCCUACAUAGCCAUCAGCUGCACCAUCCUGAGACUGUCCUCUACGCAGCAGAAGAGAAAAGCCUUUUCCACUUGCUUCUCCCACACAGUCGUGGUCUCCAUCACAUACGGCAGUUGUAUCUUCGUGUACAUGAAACCGUCCGCCAAGGACAGGGUGGACAUGACCAAGGGGGUGGCCGUGCUCUACACUACCGUGGUCCCCAUGCUGAACCCCUUCAUCUACACUCUUCGGAACCAGCAGGUCAAGCAGGCCAUCAGGGACCUGGUGUACCGAGUUGAAUUUUCCACGAAGGGGUGA